UUUCACCUGCAACAGAGACAGGAUGUGGCCAUGUAUACAAAAAAUGAUUUUCAGCUUCCUGAAAGAAAUAAAAUUUUGCAGAGUGUUCCUACAACGGCAAGCAGGCUCUUGUUUCAACGCUGUCCUCCAUCCAUGCCUUGACUCCACAGGCAGGAAUGAGUGGAGUUGGACCUUUGACUGUCCUCUGAGAACAAAGCCUCAACAUGGUCCAACUGUGAGAAACGAUGGCAGGAGCAAUAGAGCUGCUAGAAUCUUUGGAGGACUUGGGCGACAGAGAAUUUAAGAAGUUUAAGUGGUAUCUGCAGCAGGCAGAGUUCCUGAAAACCAUCCCAUCAAUCCCAAAAUACCAGCUGGAGAGUUCAGAUCGUGAGGAUACCGUGGACCUGAUGGUGCAAACCUACAGCCGUCAGUGUGUGGAAGUGGCCAGGAUGGUUUUACGGAGGAUGAAUAGGAAUGAUCUGGCAGAGAAGUUGUCAAAUGCUGCAUCCAAGGCUUCAGGGGAGGUUUCUCCAGCAGAAACCUGCAGUCAUGAGGUCAUUUUUGGCAAUGAGGGGGUUGAAGUCCUGCCCAAGAACACGCUGGCAUCCAACGGAGCAGGAAAUCAACCCACUGAGUCAACUGAGGAAGAGCCGCUCUACUCUCCUUAUCCACCUUCACCACAGCCGUCUGAUGAGGCAGUUCCUGCCAAAUCUGGAGCAGCUGAAGGACUAAUGAACUCAUCACCAAACAAUCUGUUCUCUCCUGUCUCUGUGGAGGUCAGCAAUGAUGAAGAGAAUGAAGCAGAUACAUUUCUUUAUCCGUCAGACGUUCUAUCAAUCGCAAAGCAACCUGAAGGUGUGAAGAUGUCAGCACUGCCUUGUCCACAAACCACAUCAAGCCCAGCUGUGCUGCAGUCCAACCUCCAGAACAUGUUCAUAUCUGUGAAAGAUGAUUGGUUGGAGAAGCACGACGAGGAGACUCAAUGCUACAUGCAUCCAGAGCUGUUUAUUACCGAUGAACGGGGUCAGCAUGAGGUCACAGGCUCAGAAACAGAAACAUCUAAAUCAGUGAAUGUCAGCAACAUGUUUCAACAUCUGUCCAGAAGAGGCAAAUCCAGCAGAACAGUGGUGACCAAAGGGUGUGCUGGCAUUGGCAAAUCCUUCCUAGUGCAAGAGUUUAUGUUGGAUUGGGCUGAAAAAAGAUUCAAUCAAGAAUUUCAUCUAGUUUUCCCUUUUGAUGCUCGUCGGCUGUGUUUAUGGAGAGGAGAGAGGUUUACUCUGGCAGAGCUAAUUCACAAAGUUGUUCCGGGAAUGCCGUCCAGUGGCGUUACGGAGGAGACUCUUACCGCAAUCUUCACAGAUUUACAAAAUGUGAGAGAAACCAGCUGUGAGAGCAGUGAAUUCAAACUUCUGUUUAUCAUUGAUGGUCUGGAUCAGAAUCUCCCCCUGGAGUUUGAUUUUAUCAGCGGGACAAAUAAAUCGAACGUAAGAAAGUCAAGUAGAGUAGAAGUGCUUCUGACUAAGCUCAUCUUGAAGAAAUUGCUUCCUGCUGCUUACCUCUGGAUAACCACACAAUCUGAAACAGCCAGUCAGAUCCCUCCUGAGUGUGUUGACAUGGUGACGGAGCUCAGAGGGUUCAAUGACCUGCAGAGAGAGGAGUACUUUAGGAAGAGAUUCAGAGAUGAGCCACGGGCCAGCGAAAUCAUCUCCUACAUCAAGACCUUAAAAAUCAUUCAUUUCAUGUGUCGCAUGCCACUUUUCUGCUGGAUCACUGCUGUAGUUCUGGAGAACCUGUGGGAAACAAGAGAGAGAGGAGCUCUUCCCAGCAACCUGACGGAGAUGUUCAUAGAGUUCCUGGUGGUUCAGAUCAACCACAUGAAGGAAAAGUAUGAUACUGGAAAGUGCAUCAUGUGCAUCAAGUCUCUGGCCAAACUGGCCUUUAAGCAGCUCCUCAGAGAUAACACUAUAUCUACUGAGGAGGACUUAAGAAGCUGUGGCCUUAUAAUGACAUCAGAGCGCUCUGAAGGGUUCAAAGAGAUCUUCAAGACAUUUUCUGGAAAGGCGUCAGACAAUUACCAGAAGACGAUUUUUUGUUUCACUCAGUCCAGCAUUCAGAAGUUUCUUGCCGCUGUUCAUGUGAUCACUUCCCUGGUCUCCAACAACAAAAAUGUGAUGCUUGAUUCAUGGAUGACAAUUGAGAACUGCCUCCCCUGUUUUGCAAGAACCUCAACAACAAAACUUCAUAAAACAGCAUUGAAGAGAACCUUGAAAACUCCAAAUGGAAGGCUUUUGUUGUUCCUACAGUUCAUCAUGGGUCUUUCUCUACAGACAAAUCGGUUUCUCCUACAGGACCUGCUGGCACCAACAAGAAGUACCUCAUGGUCCAACCAGAAAAUAAUUAAGUACAUUAAGAAAAAAAUCAGUGAGAGUACAUCACCAGAAAGGAUCAUAGUAAUGUUUCUCUGUCUGAAUGAGCUGAGGGAUGACUCUGUUGUGGAGGAAAUCCGAAACUGCCUGAGAUCCCAACGUCUUUCCAUGGAUAAACUAUCACCUGAUCAGUGGUCAAUUCUGAUCUUAAUCUUAAUGUCAUCAGAAAAACAUCUAGAUGAGUUUGACCUGAACAAAUACUCUUUGUCAGAGGAGGUUCUGCUGCAGCUCAUGCCUGUCCUGGAAGCCUCCAGAAAAGCUCUGUUAACAGGCUGCAGAUUGUCAGAGAGAUCCCUGGAAGCUCUUUCUCUGGUUCUCAGUUCUCAUUCCUCCAAUCUGAAAGAACUGGACCUGAGCAACAGUGACCUGCAGGAUUCAGGAGUGAAGCUGCUCUCUGUUGGCCUGCAGAGUCCAAACUGUAAACUGGAAAGUCUCAGGUUAGUGCAGCGGUUUAAUUAUGAUGUGGACGUGUGUAAAAUAUUUCUCUCUAAAAGGUUUCUUCUUUUAAUGUUUUUGUCCCACAAAAUUGUUUCAGCUCAUCAAACAUAUUUUAAUAUCAAGAAUAACAGGCAUAAAUACAAAAUCAUAGACAAAGUUAUUGCAAUUAUUGCACAGUGAAUCUAAGAAAAUUACAUUUUGGGGUUUAUUUAAAAUGUGCAUGUAAUACAGCAAUCAGGAUGUAAAUAGGUAGGAACAUUUGAAUAAAUGUAACUUUCAUGAGUUUUUGUAAUUGCUUCACUUGGAGCAAGAAUUUAUCGUGAAAGGCCAAUUUACAAAGUUUCAUAUCCACUGUGUUUUAAGUCACAAAGUACUGAGGGACAAUGCUGGGUGAGAUAAACUGGAACAAACUAGUCGAUAUCCAAAGUUAUUGUUCUUAUUUUUACUGACAAAUUUCGGCUUUGUCUUUGAAAGUUGAAAUUUACAGUGUGUAACUUUAAAAAACAAGGUCUUUUUUGAUAUAUUUGCUAAAACUGUCACUGUGUAAAAUUAGCAAACCAUGGUGAUUUCUUGAAAAAUUCUAAGUUUGACUAAGUCUCUU